CUGGAUUUCCGAGGUCAGCCUGGCCAAAGUCUGCCCCAGGUCGCGGCCCCUGUGGAUCAGAGGGAGAUUUGCCACCAUGCGACUUUUAUACCAGGACAGUGGUGUUUCCUGGUAUUGUCGAUAAAAGAAGAAUGCACCAUUUACAGCGAUUGGCGACCACCGUACCCACGUCUAAUAGCAUUCCAUGACUGCCUCUCACUUGCUUCGGCCUGGUCACUCGGGCUCAAUUCGUCACUGCUCGACGACAAACCAACUGGUGCUUCCCAAGCGCAAUCGCCAUGUGAAGACGAUUCAGGUGACGGCAAAUCCAAUGAAAUGCUGGCCAGUUGCCCAGCUUUUAGAAAUGAGCUGGGAAGCGAACCAACUCGCCGCCUGGCACUCAGUCGAUACACUCGUGAUGGUCCACUUGAGGUACAUGAAUGUGAAAGCUGGAUGAGAGAGAACACUUCUGCUGAAGUGGGAAUUUUAGAAGACGUCUCAAAUGUCUAUUUGGGAGGUCGGCUUUGCGCUGCCAGACAACCUAAGAAUGUUAUCGAACCACAAGAUAUCGGAUCUUACUACUACCGGCACUGCUUUGCUGGAAGAGCUCAUGUGGAGUACUUCGGCGUGGACGAUGAGCUCGGGCCGAUUGCCGUCAGCAUGGUACGGGAGGCGACCGAGCGCACCGGUUCGGCCAUUUGUCGAGUCAUUGUCAGGAUAAGCGACCUGCGAACGAUGCGAUUGUCGGUACCCGAAGAGGCGCUUUCUGAUAGCGCUGAUCGCUCAACCAGACCACUCAUGAGGGAGCUCAUUGAAAUGAUCUGUCCGCAGAUUAGUUUCGGUUGUAUGCGACCGGCGUUGCAGACACCUCGGAUCGAAGAGAUGCUGAUGAAGAUAGACGAACAGCCUAUCUACACCCGUUACAAAGUUGGUAUAAUGUUCUGUAAAGCUGGACAAAGUACAGAAGAGCACAUGUAUAACAAUGAACAUUCCUCUGAAGCAUUUGACGAGUUUCUGGAUUUUAUUGGGCAACGUAUUCGUCUGAAAGGAUGGGAUCAGUACAAGGGUGGUCUCGACACCCGUGGUGACACGACCGGGACGCAUUCGAUCUUCUGCGAGUACCAAGCCCAUGAAGUCAUGUUCCACGUGUCAACUCUUUUACCAUUCACACCAAGUAACCGGCAACAAUUGUCGCGGAAGCGUCACAUCGGCAACGACAUGGUGACAGUGGUCUUCCAAGAACCAGGUGCCCUUCCAUUUUCUCCGAUUGCCGUUCGCAGUCAUUUCCAACACGUAUUCAUCAUCGUUCGUGUAAAUAAUCCCUGUACGGAUAGCGUAUCCUAUAGCGUAGCAGUGUCACGAUCGAAGGAGGUGCCGGCAUUUGGCCCGCCGAUUCCGAAAGGAGCCACUUUUAGUAAAUGCGCCGAUUUCCAUGACUGGCUGCUCACAAAAAUAAUCAAUGCUGAAAAUGCGGUACAUCGUUCAAAGAAAUUUGCCACAAUGGCGGCCAGAACUCGAAGGGAAGCCCUAAGGGAUUUGGCCGAGAAUUACGUGGGCACUCAUCAAAAUGAAGGACCCAGCAGGAUUGCCAGUCGUUUCCUGGGUGGAAGCGUAAAACGAAGGGAAAGGCAAAACCCAAAGCCGUUCCUCGCCAAUACACGAGGCGCACUGUCAUGGUUGGUGGACGUGCACGACCAUUCCACCAAUCAAAAAAUAAGCUGUGUGUUGGGAUUAUCACAGGAUGCUCUGGUGUUACUGGAGAGGCCGUCUGGAAUAGCAGUCUUUUCCACACCUACGCAUUCUAUCAUUGGGUGGGCGAACACAGACACGGGCUUGAAAAUCUACUAUGACCAUGGUGAUAUGUUGUUGCUUCGAUGUUGUACUGAGAGCGGAACGGACGUCGAACUCGGACUGCUUUUGCAACGGUUGCAGGCGGUUACUAAGGGCGACGAGGCCAAGGAGGUGGUGCUGCGUCGUGCUCGUCUUUCCGACAGUUGGGGCUUUCACGUGCAAGAUGAAGGUGUAGUGACAGAUGUAGAAAUGUAUCAAACCGCAUGGAAAGCCAGUCUUCGACAAGGAAGUCGAAUAGUCGAAAUUGAAUCGUUGACUGUUGCGACGUUGAAUUUCGAUAAGAUCUCCGAAAUUCUAUCCGAACGGGAGACCGUUCGUCUGCUGCUGAUCUCUCCCGCCAAUGAUGGAUCUCCCAGACGGGGAUGCGAAGAUCCCCAUUGCCCUGCCGUUAAAGGCGUCGAACACAUGAUGACCCCGGAUGCGUUUGCUAAACAACCUAUCAGCUACCAGGAAAUGUUUCGAAUGCGUAAUAAGGAGUACGGUACAUCUCCUGCAAGCAGUCCGGCUAGUUCGUUAGAGGAUCGCUCGUUUACUUUUACUGCCAUGAAACAACGAAUGGACGGAAUGAAAAAUAGUACCGCUUGGUGGGAACGCACUUUGACUAGAAGUACUGUCGCACACGGUUCUGUCCAAGACCACAUGUGUCUGACGUUGAAUCCACCAAAGCCACUGCUCCGUGCUCAGUCGGACGAAUAUCUUCGAUCGGGAACUUCUAGAGAGAACAAAAAGGCAUCGCUCUCGGCACGUGAAUCAAUUAGCGUACAAGAGACUACUGAAUUUGUACGUUGCCAACAAAAUCUUGAACGAGCAUAUCAAGAGAAGAGGACACUAGAAAUAUUGGUAAAGCAACUCAGAAAACAAUUAUUGCAUGAGCGUCAAUGCCACGAGAAUACAAGAAGAGAACUUGAACGGCUCAGGAUACAACUGGAUAAAAGAUGA